GUAUCGAUCCUGAAAUCCCAAGCACCGAUAAGCUAUAUUUAUCGCACAAAAAUACCGAUAUUUGUAUAAAACUUACCCUGUUUGACACAUUGAGAUAUAUUGCACAUCCCUAACUCUUCAAAAUAAACGUAAAGCCCGGGAAAAUUGCUUGGCAUUUUCUAGUUUUUGUGCUAUUUCAUCAUAAAUAUUAUACGCAAUUCGGAAUGGAAUCGACUAAUGAAAACCAACACGAUGAUUUGAGCGUCCUGCCGCCGACGCCACUCGGCAAACAAAGUGUACAGAUACACAAAGACACACCAUUAGCCAUGAAAACUCGUCACGGUCGUAAGAAAAGCCAGGCUAACCCUGAAAUGGAGUCGCCAACCCAUCCGGAUCCCCCCAAAACACCACCAAGUAUGCGUCAACUGAAGGCAAAUGAAACCCCGCGACGCAGUGCGCGCAAGAGUGUGCGACCGGCGAUGGACUAUGAUGAUAUUAUGCUACGAUCUGCCACCAAGGAAAUGAGCAAAGUUGUUGAAGUGAGUGAGGAAAUUGAGGAGCAACCUACUCAAAAGUGGACUGCCGCAGAAGUGGGCCGCAAUUCCCGUAAGCGAGGUCGCAAGUCCAAGCGCGCCGCCAGUAAGUCCAAGACCGAUCCGGGAGAGAAAGGCGCCGAAGUCGACAAGCCAUCCUCAGCUAUAGAUGGCGAGGAGACCACCAUUGAAGUCACACACGAGGAUACUAACUCUGAGAAAAAAGAUUCAAAGUCAAAUACUGAAGAUGAGGAUGAACAGUGUUUAGUUUCAAUCGGAGUGGAACACAUCACAGCCGAUGAGACCGAUGAGGAAACCAUGGUAUCAACUAAACAGUCAAUUCUGAUGGAUGUGAAUGACCUUGGCUUGUUCCCACUGGCCGAUACAGUUGGCAAAGAGGAAAUAAAGGUGGAGUCAACUGUACAGGCGGCACAGGUCGCAAAUAAUGAAACAUUGGACGACCUGGGAUUGUGUCCACUUGAGCCAGUUGAAGAACUAUCCGAACGUAUCGCAUCGGUAGAUGAUUUUGAAUGCGAAAUGCCCUCUCUGAUUAUGAUCGACGAUGAUGACCUGGCCGAGCCAGAUAAAGAUAAAUCUGUGCUCAACACGACCUUCGACGCCGAGGAAAAAAAAGGCGACGAAUCUAAUGUUGUCCCAGUCGAUAUAACUGAUUCAGUAAAGACAUCAAUUAAAGUUGUUCUAACAACGGAUGAUGAACUGGACCAGACUCUUUUGACUUGCGAUGCACUAGCGACGAACACAAAUAAACCAAGCCCCAACCGUUCAAAGGGCUAUCGAUUCCCUACACCUUACAAGCCAAAGUCGCGUAAGUCCCCUAAGACUGUGGAGGCACAUGAUCGUAGCGCCCAGUUGGGUAACAUGGAAAUGAAGAAACGACGCUCAAAUUCAGCCUCAGCUUGGGAAGAUAUCAAAUCGAGAACUGUCUCUUUCCGCAGUCCCCUUGAAGUUGCCCAUGUCCAUGACAUUGAUAAGCGCUGGGAGGGUCUCAACACCACUAAUGUCACGAACCGACGCAAGCGCUCGAAAUCGAUGGACGAGAGCCACCCGAAAGCGAGCCGAAUUCCUUCUCCAAAAUUCUUUAACGGCAAUCAAGUGAUCACACCCAGCAAGGUGAAGAAGCGAACCAAGCUUCCAAACUUUGCAGCCAUUCAUCAGAAGCAAUUCGCCAAGAUGGAGAAUUUGGUCGACCAUCUCGAUCGCAAGGCAGUACGUGCCAAGGUGCUGAUUAGCUCAGCCUUGAAGCGUGAACCAGGAGCUGGAUCAUCCGUUAAGAAGAUGCCAAGUUCGAGUGCACUGGCGGCUGGCGAUGGUUCGCGACCACGGGCGCUCAGGAAAAUUGAUUGGUGCAGCAACCCGACAGUAGCCAAGCAGCCUGAAAACCAAUUCCUAAGAGAGUUACAUGGGCCACGUCUAGCCACUUUGGCGAAGGUGCCGCCACAAAGCCGCUUGCCCUUGAAGAGUGGCAGCAAUAUAGUCGCAAAGCCAGCAUUUAAUUUAUCAACAAACGUGGUCAAGAAAUUUACGGCAACCAGCACAGUCGUUGCCAGCACUGCACAGAAAAGCAAGCCGGUCGGGUUUGAGGAUAAGGUGGCAGAGAGACGUCAACGGCACAUGCAAAUGUUCAAGAGCCGCAGCGCCCCAAAGGAGAAGACUGGAGAGUUCAUUCGGGGCGUGCGAUUGAAUCGUCGCUUCGAGCUACAGAUGCAACAUCGUCGCCACUUGGAGGAUGAAUAAUUUUAGAUUUAACUGUUUAAUUACUUUUUACGUUCAAACCAAUACAUAUAUAAUUAUUA